AUGGUUGGACCACCAGGCACUGGCAAGACGCUUUUAGCAAAAGCCGUAGCUACCGAAUGCCAGACUACGUUCUUUGCUGUAAACUGCGGAGAUCUUGCCAGUAAAUGGCGUGGUGACUCGGAGAAAAUGAUCAAGCUUCUAUUCGAAAUGGCUCGACAUUUUGCACCGUCCACAAUAUUCAUCGAUGAGAUCGAUACCAUCGGAAGUCAACGUGGACAAGCAAAUGAGCAUGAAGCUAGUCGACGGGUGAAGGCCCAGCUCCUUGUAGAAAUGGAUGGAUUCUGCAAAGAAGAAGAUGGAAAAAGAGUUCUAGUCUUGGCGGCGACGAAUUUCCCGUGGAUGUUGGAUGAAGCUCUACGCCGUAGGUUUGAACAAAGGAUUUACAUUCCGCUUCCCGACAAACCAGCACGAAAAUCGCUCCUGUGUUCGUCUCUAAAGGAGGUUCGUAUAGCGGACGAUGUUGACCUCGACUCAUUCGCCGAACAGCUCGAUGGAUACUCUGGAGCUGACAUAACUAAUGUUUGCAGAAAGGCAGCGUUAAUGGGCGUGAAAAGAUUAACUCGUAUGAUGUCACCAGCUGAGAUAGCCAAAUUAUCUAGAGAAGAAGUGGAUCUUCCUAUUACAUGGCAGGAUCUUCAAGAGGCCUUUAGCGAUACGAAUCCGUCCGUGUCCGAGGUAUGU